AUAUUUGGAAUUUUUUUUUUUUUUUUAGGAAGCGUUGUAUUAAAGGCACAACGCUUUUGUGUGUGACUAUCCCAAGUUGUUGCUGCGUUUCCUUCUUUUGCUCUUGUAGACAAUGAGUCGAACGGCUACGUCGCUGUUAACGCCUCCAGAGCAAUUCGGCAUUGUCGAACCUGGAGUCUACCGCUCCGAUAUGCUUCAGCCUAUUCACUUUACAUUUAUCAAGCAAUUCGGCUUCAAAACCGUCGUCAUGCUCAGUCCUGAAAUGCCUAGCAGAGUGACAUCCUACCUCAUUGAAGAAGGUGGUAUCAAGCUUGUUCAUCUCGGUAUGGCAACUUGGAAACCCAUCCAGCCGUCGACAUGGCGACCGAUUUCUGAAGAGCUUAUUAAAGAAGGACUGGAAUUAAUCCUCAACAUAGAUACGCAUCCUGUUCUGAUCAUGUGCACGUCUGGCAUUCAUGAGACGGGAACUUUGGUGGGCUGUUUGCGGAAAUUGGAAGGCUGGAAUUUCAGCUCCAUCAUCACCGAGUACCGAUCUUAUGCGGGAACCAAAGCACGAUACGUGAAUGAACAGUUUAUCGAACUAUUUGAUCUGGAUCUCGUUACUUUACCUCCGAAUUUACCCACAUGGCUUAUUGAUCAACAACGAAUGCUGGCAGAAGAAGAAGCAUUAUCACAACAACAAUGAGUUGAAAGAUCCCAAAUUUCAUGGUUUUCCCCGUUUUUUGUAUAUAAGAAGCAGUUCAUUCAUUAUUUCACAUUAUUUUCACCGUGAUAUCCUUGUAGAAAACAAAACAAAUCAAAAAUUAUGUAACAUCCCAAAACUCU